GAACCACGAACCAUCGUUUUCUGCACGUGACACAUUUUUGUCGCCAUACAAAUGCCAAUUCGAUCAUUAUCGUCCUUGCGGAACACCCGUUUGCGUUUAUACGCCCCCAGCCGAAUCCUGUUGAUGACAUGUGUUCAACAACGACGACCUUCAGUGUAUACAUACUUCCAAUUCAGUACAUUGAAACCUAUUCUCAAGGAGCAGCGGUCCACGCCCCCACCAUCCCCCAGUGACAUUCCUGGAGCUUCUAAAACGCAAGGAGAGGGGAUGACGCUUCAACUGCCAAAAGAUUCAAGAGACUACCGCGAGAUCGAGCCUAGCCUUUCCAAUCCCUACUUACGUUCUAACGCACCAUGGGGAUUUAUUGUAGUGCGCGCCGUCUAUGGCCCGUCCAGCGAUGCACCAUGGAGCCGGAUGAUCGAAACACUGCGUUCACGUGUCGCAAGUGCGCUAAAGACUGAUGAUCAAAAUGAUCUCCUUCCGCGGUUUGAAAUGACGAUCCUUGAGGAUGAAGCAACCCUCGCUGGCGCCGAUUCAUACGCAGUACGCCGCGCUUUCCGUGCAUGGGUUGCUAAAGAUCUACCUGCACGGCUCUGUGACAACUAUCUCGAGAAGUAUGGUGGAGCAGAACAGAUUCGGGCCAAAUUGCUAAGCAAUGACACUCACUUGAUUGAUCACCCCAUUGAUGAUGUGCCUCCUCGUUGGAAGUAUUGUACAUUCGUGGAUGAGGCUUGCUUGCGCUCGUUGAUUUCCUGGAACGGUCCAGCGUUAAAGAUCUUGACCAGCGAUUGGGUACAGGAAAGCCCAGGCGCUCCCACGGAAGAGUUCACCGUAGACUGGGAUGGUGGCGAGACUGAUGAUAGUCUAGAGGAUGUUGGUUGGAUGUUUUUAGACAUGUACGACUAUGUCUUCAUGUACGAUGUCUUGGCUACACCGAAUUUAUGGCAAGUUUACUACGAUAGACCCUACAAGAGCUACGUAGAUCAUUGAUGUCGAGAUUGCAAAGUGUGUAUCGUCUACAACUAGUUAGCAAAGCCGGUAUGGACUCGACAUUUUGAAUCAAUAGACAGGAACCGCAACAACUGAACGUAAUUUUCAACAGGGCACCUGGAAGCAUCUGAUUAAUAAAAUGCUUAGGCCUCUAUUAUCCUAGCAUUACAUAUGCACGCCGAUGCGCUUAGAUCAGUUGACUGGGAGUUUCGUAUCGCGUUUAGCUCCUUCUCCUGUAUGCACGAUCCUCCUUUUACCAUGUU